CGCUCACGCUCUCGAUCGGUCUCGGCACCUCGGCUCCACGGAUCGAUUUUCGUCCUUCCCACCCAUCCUUACGCAAAACCCGCUGCGUGGGCUUGUGCGUGCGUGUGCCAUCGAUCUGAUUCCUGAUUCGGGAUCGACAUCACCUGAUCGAACGCUCGCGGUUUUCGAUUGGGCGCCGUGUAUCUGCUCGUACGCGUGUGUGUGUGUGUCUGUGUCUUGUUCACUCGCUUCCUGCAGGGAAUUCUGCUUCACAUCGGUAGGGCUUCCCAAAGCGAAGGAUGCUGUUGCGCAGGACGUCGAUUGCGUUGGGUGGCUGUUUGCGGCAGCAGUUGCAGCGUGUUGCACCGGCCAUCGCAACCAGUGGCUCGAUUUGCCAUCAACGGUGGCUCUCGAAUGGUGGCUCGCGAAAAACGCACCCGAAAAUCCUCAUCACAGGAGGACUCGGUCAGCUGGGCGUCGAAUGUGCCAAACUGCUGCGCAGCCAGUACGGCGACGAGAACGUCAUCCUGUCCGACAUCAUCAAGCCGAGUGAUGCGAUCAUCAACAGCGGACCGUACAUCUUCGCAGACAUCCUCGACUUCAAGGGUUUGCAGAAAAUCGUGGUCGAUCACCGGGUCGAUUGGAUCAUUCAUUUUUCCGCCCUACUGAGCGCGAUCGGGGAGCAGAAUGUGCCACUGGCCGUGCGCGUCAACAUCGAGGGUAUGCACAACGUGCUCGAGCUGGCGAAGCAAUACAAGCUGCGGAUCUUCGUCCCGAGCACGAUCGGUGCGUUUGGUCCAGAUAGUCCCCGGAAUCCAACACCGAACGUCACCGUACAACGGCCCCGAACGAUUUACGGUGUGUCGAAGGUACAUGCGGAGCUGAUGGGCGAGUACUACCACCAUAAGUUUGGGUUGGAUUUCCGCUGCCUGCGGUUCCCGGGAGUGAUCUCUAGCGACCCACCUGGCGGUGGCACCACCGAUUACGCCGUUGCCAUAUUCUUCGAGGGGCUGAAAACGGGCAAGUACCAAUGUUACCUCAAGCCGGACACGCGCUUACCGAUGAUGUACAUCGAGGAUUGUCUCCGAUCGCUGCUCGAAUUCAUGACCGCACCGGAGGAGAAGCUGGAACGCCGAGUGUACAACGUGACUGCCAUGUCCUUCACACCGGAGGAGCUCGUCGAGAAGCUGUCCAAGCACAUACCUGAACUGCACGUGAGCUAUCGACCCGACAGCAGGCAGCUGAUUGCCGACUCGUGGCCGCAGGUGUUCGAUGACUCCGAGGCGCGCCGAGACUGGGGCUGGCGGCAUCACUAUGACCUGGACAAGCUGGUCGAUCUGAUGGUGCGCGACGUGAACGAGAACUACAUCAAAAAGGCGCCUCAAUGACGCUAGCGUGCAGCUUUACUGACUAUAGAGCGUUGCAAUAAACUCGGUAUUUCUUCAACAAGGACAAAUAAAAAUAAAUGUGUUGGAGUUUGUACUUUAGUUUAAUAAUUGAAUACAACCA